AUCUAAUCACUUUCAGAAGUGAAAUCCAUUUUUCAGAUUCUCUCUCUCUCUCUCCCUCUCUCCCCCGCACCUUCAUAAUUUGAGAAGGGGCAAGCCCUUUUAUUAUAUGUAUAUAAGGUCAUCCUUUUUAUUAUGAGUCGUUCACCUCCAUAGUUUUCGUCUCUCUCUCUCUCUCUCUCUCUCUCUCUCCACACACACGCGGAGACAUGCUAAACCAGAAUUUGUUUGAUGAUCAAGAUAGGUCAUAUCAGCUUGGAUUUUUUCCUGUCAAUACAAAUUUGACAUCUCUUCCAUUUUGGUGCAAUAAAACUUUUGCAGCGAUUCCUUCUUCACUUCAAGAAGAUGAUGAUGCACCACUCCUCUUUUCUGAGCCUGUAAUUCCAAAGCAAAAAGAAGAAUUCACAUCUAGCUUUGCAGGAUCCCCUAUUUUCUCUUUGCAGAAAUCUACUGCAAAUCACUGGAUCAAUGAUUGCAUGAGAAACGGAGGUAAUGAAAAUCAUGGAGUUUUGCCAAUAAACAUGAAGAAGAUUAAGUCAAGGAAAAAAGUAAGAGAGCCCAGGUUUUGUUUCAAAACUAUGAGCGAUGUGGAUGUUUUGGAUGAUGGUUACAAGUGGAGAAAGUAUGGCCAGAAAAUCGUGAAAAACACCCAACAUCCCAGGAGUUAUUAUCGUUGUACGCAGGAUAAUUGUCGCGUAAAGAAACGUGUAGAACGAUUACAAGAAGAUUCAAGAAUGGUGAUUACUACAUAUGAAGGCAGGCACAUACACUCUCCAUCACAUGAUGAAGAGGAUUCUCGAGCUUCAUCUCAAUUCAAAAAUUUCUUUUGGUAGCACUGUUUGCAGUCUUUGUUGUACCCCACGACUGUCAAUUGUUUAAGUAUGACUAGUGCUUUCUAUAAUGGAAAAUAUGGUAAUAAAAAUUAUAUUUAAGAGCAA